AUGGACCUCCAGUCAUUUGCGCCCCGUGCCAAGGUGGCGGCAAUGUUUCGAGAUGGAGACCACUGCAUAUUCACCAAGGAUGGAACAAAGGACGUGGCUUACAUAUGCCCCAUUAGUCUGAAUAUCCACGAAGCAGGCUAUGCUCAUGAUGUGCUUUGGGACAUUCUGCGUACGAUCUGGUCUGAAAGCAAAGUAAAUUCCUGGUUCAAGACGCUGUUUCCUAACGGUGACUAUCGCGAUGCAUGCCAUAACCUGCUUUGCCUAUCUGCCAGUGCCCACAGGUUCUGUUGGCACCGACAAUGCUCGCCUAUGGAAUCAUAUCACUGGAGAUCCAAUUCGGUCUGGAGAUACAAUCACCGUGAAAACCGAGGACCCGAGACUAUGCCACUGCCAAAUUGGGAUAUCUUGGAGAUGCAAUGGUUCCUUCAACGCGCAGCAGCUAUGAGCGGAGUAGCUGACAUCGACAACGACGAGAACGAAGACGACGAGAUUAGUGGUCUAGCAGAUAGAUACGCAUCUAACGACGAGUAG